AUGGCGGGCACCGGCGUCGCGGCGGCCGUGGAGCGUGGGUCACGCCCAAUAGACAUGUCGGAGGAGCUGCCGUGGUGCUCGCAGUUCUGGCUACAGCGCAACCCGCUCACGCGGUCCACCGUCCUCGACUACAUGUACGGCUCGCCGUUUUACGACAAGCGGGCCAAGGACAGGCAGAUUCUACCCGCGCAGCUCAGAUCUGCUGGCCUCGGGUUCGAUUACCGCGUCAAGUCUAGCACCGGCGCGGGAGAUUUUUUCCUCAUUGCGCGCGUGGCCGUGGACCCUGAGACCGGCGAGGACGGCGAGGAGCAGGCCCUGUAUUCGGUGCUCCAUGGGUUCGUGUCACAGGUUCCGUCCCUGGCCCGCAUCCUCACGUCGCGCCUCCGCCUGGCCCAGGACUACCUCGCGGACGGCCUGAACCUCGCGGAGGAGGCGAUGCGGGCGAUGGAGACGCGCACGCACGACAAGAAGUCGCGCGCGGAGGUGCGUGCCGCCGUCGGCGACGGGGCGUCCCGCCGGCUCGCGGAGCGCGCCCUGCACCAUUUGUCGCGGCAGUGGGCGGAGGCUGUCCCGCGGAAGGUCGAGGAGGCGGCGCAGCGCGCGCGCGGCCCCGCGCAGCCGUCCCAGGCGGAGGCGAAGCCGGUGAUUGUUGGGGAGGGGUCGCGGAGGAGGCCGCGGGAGGAGCAGGAUGGGGACACGCCGGACGCGAAACGUCAGAGAUCGUGA